AUGAAAUAGAAGCAUUGUGUGGAGGAGUGUUGCGACAAAGGUAUAAUGAUUGAUGACAAGUGUAAGUGCGACAUAGGAUCGUUUGGAGAUGAUUGUUUUCUAAAUUUGUAGGACAUUUAUAUUGCCCCUUAUUAUACUUUUGUUGGGAUCUAUUGCGUCGCAUUCUUUUUGAUAUUCUUCAUAACUAUAAGACAAUUUUAAACUUCUUUAAAGACUCAAAGAAUUCCAUCUUAUUAUACUUGCUAUUAAUAUGCAUCUGCGUUGAUUGGGUCCCCUCAGAAUUACAUCCUUGUGUUGACGAUGGUGCUAUCAACAUGCAAACUGAUCUGGUUGAUUCUGGAUCCUUUCGAAGUCUAUAAAGGGAAUACAACAGUCAUUGAAAGACUAUUAGCUGAAAUCGUCUACACGAUACUGUUCUAUAUCUACGGUUGCCUAUUGAUUGUGUGGUAUACGAUGUAUGAUGAGAUUUCCUUUAACAUCUAUCAAGGAGAAUUAAAGAAGGAGAGGAAAUGGAUUUUUACAUACUACAAGGAGGCGCUGAAGAUGCGAUUGUUUAUAGUGCUUUUGGUGUAGAUAACCGUAAGCACGUUAAAUGGUUUGAGGAAAGGAGUGUAGUAUCCAAUCUUCUUAAUGAUAUGUUACAUAUUUUUGAUGGCCAACUUCUUUUUGUUCAUAAUCGAAUUCAUAAUCUACGGAUCUUCAUUGCAGACUUGCAUAAAGGACUAGAUCCUUAUAUGUCGAUAGUAGUUUCGAAUGCAAUUGCAAGGAUUGGAUCAAGCUAUGCCAUAACAUGUGUAAAAGGAUGAGAGCUUAAGUAAGUCUCCCGAGUCGGUUCAAAGAAUUGUGAGAAUGUCUAAGUAGGUGAGUAUUGAAGAACAAAAGAAUGAAAUAUAGGAUGAAGUGAAAUAGUUGGAGGAACCUAAAUUAAAGAUAGGGCAAACAAAAAUAAAGUCAGUGUCGUUUGCACGUACAUUUGUCAAAGGAAUCAGGGGAUCUUCGUUUUUCAGAUAGGAGAGUUAGAAAUAAUUGAAAUCCAACAAAUCCAAUAAGCCCAAUCAAUAGAAUCAGGAUUCAAAUAGUGAUUAAUCUGCAAAGGAUUUGGAUAAUUAGUUUAAUGAGGAGCCUGCUGAUGCCGAAAUUAAUAGUUGUUGUUUGAAUGAGAAUUAGACCAAUUCUAUAAUUUGGGAGAAUAAGGAGGAUAGACAAGCGUAUCAGGAGACAGUGAAAAUGUAAAUCAAGGCAGUUAAGGAGACCAAGGAUUCAGCUGAUAAAAGAAGGGAAGCUUUACAAUAAUAAUAUCAUUUUUAAAGAUAAAAAGAACGACAUGAUCAAAAAAAGUUGAGUUACUUAGGUAGUGGUAGUCAAUUGGAUUACAGAACAUCAAUUUAUUAGUAAUCUGAUGAGGAUUAGGAGAAGUUUAAUUUGAAAUCAACUAAUUUAGCCAUUGAUAGAAAAAUAUUGUAUAAGAUUUAGUUGCUGGUUUACUUUGGCAUAUUGUUGGAAAUUCUAUUUGGGGGGUUGAGUAUAGCUGUGUUGAUCACAGACUUAAUUCGAGAUCCCAUUGGAGUGUUGGGUUACUUGUAUGCAUCAUCAACUUUGUAGUUCUUUUCCUUGAUUACUGUGUUGAAAUUGUUUGGAGACAUCAAGAACCAAGAAAUCAAGAAUUUAAUUUGGAUUCAGAAGGUGGGAAAUCAGAAGAACAAAAUCAAUUAGCAAUAUGUGUUUUCAAUUCCUUAGGAGUAGAAGGAUGAUGCACAGAAACUGAAAUUCGAACAAAGAAUUAAUAUGAAUACUUUAUAUUGA